AUGGCUCCUACUUUGUCAAUCGUUGGGGUUGCCGCGCUGUUCACCCUGUGGUGGGAGGCGUUGUCGGUCGCCAUCGUCACCAUCGUCCACGGCUUCCCCGUCGAGUCCAGCUGGUGCAUCCAGCUCAUCGCCAUCUUCUUGCCAAACACGGCAUCGCCGUCGGCGUACUCCAAGAUCGGUUCAAGGCUAUUCGAGAAGUCGGAGCCUAUUACUCAAGAUUGUCAAGAUGAGAGAUGGAAGUGUUUUCAGGGCUGCCUAGGAGCUUUAGAUGGGACAUUGAUUAAAGUUACACCAUCUAGUGAAGAGAAGUCUCGAUAUCGUACAAGAAAGGGAUGUAUUUCAACAAAUGUCUUAGGUGUUUGCUGCCCAAACAUGCAAUUCAUAUAUAUAUUGCCUGGAUGGGAGGGCUCGACACACGAUGGUCGUGUGCUUCGAAAUGCAAUCUCAAGGCCUCAUGGUCUAAGAGUCCCGCGAGGUUAUUAUUAUUUGGUGGACUCUGGAUACUGCAAUGCAAAUGGUUUUCUUACACCAUAUAGAGGACAACGGUAUCACCUCAAGGAAUUUGAUGGCCAUCAACCUAAGACAGUGGAGGAAUACUUCAACAUGAAGCAUUCUAAAGCAAGAAAUGUAAUUGAAAGAUGCUUUGGACUGUUGAAAGGAAGAUGGAAGAUCCUUGCAUCGCCUUCCUUUUUCGCAAUUCAAACCCAAGUUCGCAUUAUAAUUGCGUGUUGCCUUCUACACAACUUAAUCCGCAAGUUUAUGAGUUUUGACCCUCAAGAAUUAAUUAUGGAAGAAGAAGAGGAGAGUGAGGAUGAGGAAAGUGAUGAAGAUGAUGAAGUAGAAUAUGUUACAAAUAUUACUCAAACUAAUGAGUGGUUGUAA